UUUUUUAUAUGUCUUCACAAAUGGUUAAAGCUUUCUCCAGGUAACAAAAAAUAUUCAGUGUGAGCUUAAAAGACAUAAACAGAUACUGCCUGCUUGUAUAUAGCUGAGAAAGUUGUUUUAGUGAAGUUCGUUCAACUCGUAACUUGAGUUAGAUAAUAUUUGAUAUCAUCGGACUACUACAUUACAUCUUUCUACUCUUAUUGAUGAUAAAUUUUGUUUAUAUGAUAUAUUUUUGAUUAUUUUGUUACAAUUCUUUCGAUUUUAAAAAAGAAGUGACUAUAAAUAAUAAAUAAUUUAAAAAAAUGAUAAAUACCGAUGAAUAUUAUGAAACAGUUAUUCAACUUGUAAAUGAAGCUGGAAUGCUCAUCAAAAAUAAUAUCAACAGACAAAAGAAUGUUUUAACUAAAUCUUGCGAUGUUGACUUAGUAACAGAAAGUGAUCGUCAGGUUGAAAGACUUUUGAUGGAUGGUAUAUCUGCAAAAUUUCCCGAUCAUAAAUUUAUUGGUGAGGAAACUACGGCAGAAACAAACAAUAAAAUAGAAUUAACUGAUGAUCCAACAUGGAUUAUAGAUCCAAUAGAUGGUACUAUGAAUUUUGUGCAUAGUUUUCCACAUGUUUGUAUUUCAAUUGCAUUAUUGAUUGAUAAAACAGCUGAAAUAGGAAUCAUUUACAAUCCAAUUUUGGAUCAACAAUUUACAGCUAGAAAAGGAAAAGGAGCAUUCUUAAAUGGAAAAGCGAUUAAUGUUUCUAAAGAAACAGAACUGCAAAAUGCAUUAAUUAUGAUGGAAAUGGGAACUAGCAGAGAUCCUGAAAAGACGAAAGUUCUUAUAGAAAAUAUUACUAAAUUAACGCCUCUUAUCCAUGGGACUCGAGCUUUAGGUUCAGCAGCACUAAAUAUGUGUAUGGUUGCUAUGGGAGCUGCUGAUAUUAAUUAUGAAUUUGGAAUUCACGCUUGGGAUAUUGCUGCUGGAGAUCUUAUAGUCAGAGAAGCUGGUGGUGUCUGUAUUGAUCCUGCGGGCGGGACAUUUGAUGUUAUGAGCAGAAGAGUAUUGUGCGCAUCAACUAUGUCACUUGCUCAGAAAAUAGCAAAAAUUUUAAUACAAUAUUAUCCUGAACGAGAUUAAAUUCAUUAAUUUAUUUUCAUAUAUCUAUUUUAUAAUUGAUUGACUCGCAGGGUAUAUAUACAACCUUUAAAAAAAUAUGUUGAAAAAAAAUUGAAUUUAUAUACACAAUAAAUAUUCCACAGAAGAUUCCAUUCUUAAAGAAAAAUUGUACAAGAUAAUGGAUUUUUUAAUCCAAAUAAAAUUAAAUGAACAUUAUUAACAAAUUGUUCCAUAUAUAGUCUAUAAUAAAUGUUAUAUAAAUUUUAA